AUGGCUCAAGCACCGCCCACCUUCACUCCAGAUAGUGAAUUUGCUGACCUGGAGACACCUCGUGGUCUCAACGGGAGCACACUCUCCAUAACCGCCCUUGCCCGGUUCGAAUUCGAAGCCGGAAAGGGUAACGAUGGCACUAAGAUCCUCAUGAUCGAAUGGGAGGACGACGACUUGACCCGCUCUGCAGCUGAAGGGUCGUGGCAUGUCUCGUGGACCGGCAAGACUACAGUCUUACCCGCAGAUGAUCGACCUAGUGACAGCCUUCGUCGUUUCUACUUUCUGCUUCCACCAAACGUCACCAUCCCUCCGAACUCCCGCGAUUCAUUCCAAUUGAAUCCCCUCCCCGCCAUCUUCCCUCCUGAGUUGGGAGUGUCCGGUCGUUCGGCGGGAAAGAAAGGAGUCCUACACACGAUCUGGGCGAAGAAGCGCCUCCGCGUCCUCGAGCGAGAAAUCCAUGCCGAAUGCCUAAACAAUGUGGAGGGGGUUGCAGUGCAUAUGGCAAUGCAAGAGCAAGAAUGGAUUGAGACGAACUUCGGAGUCACCGCACGAGGCGGCGACAUCGUUAGCAGCCGCGAGUCGUCGACCUCUAACUCUGUUUUCCCGACAGGACCAGCCACGCCAGUCUCACCCAUUAGUGGGCGCAAAUUGACCGACAAGCUCAAGGGACUGAAGUUGCAGACCAGCGAGAAGGACUUGUCGGCGAAUGACAGUAAGUUAUCUACUGUCUCGCAGCCGCAGUCAGCGUCACUCACAUCAUCAUCACCAGACUCGAGUCCAAACACAGCACAUCUUCUCUCGCCGCAAUCGCCAGACGUUGCGGUUUCGUCAUUCAGUGCAUUCAGAAAUGCCGCGAAACGCGCACCGCACUCCAUGCCAACUCCAGAUACGAACCCUACCCCAACGCCGAUGUCACAGCUGAACCCAUCAGUACCGGAGUCCCUCAAGCCCGUCGCACUACACCCGCCUGAAGCUCUUCAAGAAGCGCAGAACAGCACCGACGCGCCUGGCUUCGCACCCAUCAGCUCCAUGAGUUCUAUCGUGCGUACUUCCAGCGCCGACUCAGGCGAAGAUCUCUUCGCGAAGGCCCUGAGCCCGCGCUCGCCAGAUCUUCCCCGCAGCCCAUUCUCAUUCGCUUAA